UGGUCUGUGCGUGGACUUUCAUUGCUUUCACCGAGACGAGACGUCGACCUCGGGCAACCCCGCCACUUCACAACAAGCAGAGAGAGGCCUGAAGUGCAGCAUCGGCUACUGAUUUCCAAGCCAUCAUCGCAGACAAAAUGAGCGCCCAACUGGAAGCAGAGCGCAAGGAGUACGAGAACCAGCUCGAGCUUGUCGUCACAUCCCUUAAGGACGACCCUGACAAUGCCGAACUGCAAGCCCUCAAGGGCGAGCUGGAGCAGAUGAUCCAGCUCCUCGACGACUCUCUCGCAGAACUCAAGCCCAAGAACGAGCCUCCAAAAGCCGCGCCGCAAAAGGCACCAUCGCCCCCGCCAGCCGAGCAGAAGUGGUCGCGCGAGAACCAUCCGGCAUUCAAGAAGGCCGCCCCCGCCUCUGAGGAGAAGGAGAAAGAAGCAGAAACCAUUACAUACCAGGUCAACGACAAUGUCAUGGCAAAAUGGCUCUCGGGCGACAAGGGCUUCUACCCGGCGCGCAUCACCGCGGUGACUGGUUCGUCCACGGCACCCAUCUACACGGUCAAGUUCAAGAACUAUGACACCGUCGAGACUCUGCGUGCUAAGGAUAUCCGCCCAAUGGCACAGAAGCGCAAGGCUGAUGGCACCGCCGUCUCGGGCAACAGCAAUGCUGUCGGCGGCCCGACAUCAACAGCCACGCCCAGCCCGGCCUCCCUCACGCCCACCUCGGCCAACAACGGCAUCGUCAUGUCUGCGGCGGCUGACAUCUAUCCGCAAGCCCUGGAGGCGAAAAGGGCCGCCGCUGCCGCUGCCGCCGCCGAGAACGCUGACGAUAAACCGCGCCCCAAGUUCAAGAAGAUCAAGGCCACCAAGGAGCUCGAGAAGGGCAAGACCAAGUGGCAGGAGUUCACCAGCAAGGGGAAGUUUGGCAAGGUUGCCAAGAAGGAGAGCAUGUUCCGCACGCCGGAGGGGAUCAACGGCCGAGUCGGCUUCACCGGUUCCGGCCAGGCAAUGCGCAAAGAUCCUGCCCGAACCCGCCAUGUUUACCAGCCCAACGAAGAUUUGGACUAGACUAACGUGGUUUUGCUGUGUUUCCAGAACUGCCGUCCCGGGCUUGCAGUGGAACAAAGGCGCCAUCCUCGGGGGACCGACCGCCAUCGGCGUUUGGUUCAAAUCGAAGGACGACUUCGGAAGUUGGAGUUUGGCUUUAGGCAGAACCUGGCUAAAUUUUUUUUUUCUAUUGCUCCCUAGCUACCCUCAAUUUCUUUUAUCCAGACAGAAGCUAACGUUGGGAUCGGAUGCCAACCCCGCUAGUCCAGAUCUUAUUGCUCCGCCCGGCCAGCGGUUGA